AUGGCCACAUCCCCCGUGUAUUUACUACAAUGGAGGAGCAAUACUUCGGCUCGUUUUCAUGAGCUAAUGAGCCAAGUAUUCGAAAACUGUGAGGGUGAAAAUGAUGAAAACACUGAAAAAAUUGUUGAAUUGUUUGCCGACGAGACCCAAGAAAAUACCAGCACUUCUGCUGAAGAAAAAGAUGACGAAGUUGAGGAAACAGCUACCCUUCCCUCAUCUUCUAAGUUUCAUUAUAACUGUAUGCAUGGUAAACUCUCGUUGACUGAGUUACGCACUUUGAAGCAUGAGUUUCAAACCAUAAAAGAUGAAUUGGCAAAGGUAGCCAGUUCAAAUCGAGCGCUUAGAAAGAGAGUGCGUGACUUGGAAGAGUCUUUGAAACAUAAGAAAGAGUGUCAAAAAAUACAAAGACAUGAAGAAGUGGGUAAUCCUCAUAUCAAUGAAGGAGACGACAAUGACAUGUCGCCUGUUCAUGAAUAUAUUACUCCAACUAUAGAACCAGCAGAAAUGGACACACAAGUCCCUGGUGAUGGAGCCAAAGCCUUCGUAGCCAUGCAAGUCCAAGAGGCAGAAAUUGGCAAUUCAGUUCCUGACAAACAAGUGCAGCAAGAAGCUAAGAAGCUUCCUACUCCGGAAGAUGUGGACGGGUGCGGAGUAAUCUGCAAAAAACUGUUAUCUUUGUUAGAGGAUUGGAAGAAGAGCGACAUUAAGACAUUGGGAGGUCAAAUGAAUCCUUUCAUCAUAGCCAAUGUUACUGUGGUUGGUGAUGAAGUGAUUAGGGAAGGUAGUGCUACUAUUGAAAAACAAGAUGUGGAAGGUAAAGGGUGCAGAAAGAAACGAUCAGCCACCACAUUGUUGAGUCCAUUUACCAAUCCCUUGAGGAAAAAGAGGACGAUUACUGUCAAUAUAAAUAAGGAACACACCAUGUUGUAUAGCAAUACAAUCCAAAUUAUGCAAAUUUAA